CAGCAAUAAUUAUUAAAGUACGCCCACUAAAGGGUUAAAACGAACUGAGCGGACUUUGACCUUUAAGUUGGCGCAUGUGCACUUGAGUCCUCCUUUCUCCCCCAAGUCAACGUGGUAGCAUCGCCAUGGGUAAAAUCCUCAAGAGUGGAAAGGUGGUGGUUGUCCUGAGUGGACGUUAUUCUGGUAGGAAGGCUCUGGUUGUCAAGACUCAUGAUGAUGGCAGCAAUGACAGACCUUACGGGCACGCUCUAGUGGCUGGCAUCGAGAAGUACCCACUUAAAGUGACGAAGCGAAUGAGCAAGAAGAAGGUCUCCAAGAGAACACGAAUUAAGCCUUUUAUGAAGGUUCUCAACUACAACCAUCUCAUGCCCACCAGGUACUCAGUGGAUCUGGUACUGGACAAACAACUGUGUAACAAAGACUCACUCAGAGAUGGCAAGACCAGAAAGAAGGCGAAAGUGGAGAUACGCAAAAAGUUCGAAGAAAGACACAAGACGGGAAAGAAUCGCUGGUUUUUCCAGAAACUGAGAUUUUGAUUUUACGUUUCUGUAUACAUUUCUCAAUGUAAUCUAUGCAAAUUUUGUAUAUUGAGUGCCAAA